GCCGACGGUGCACGGGGGCGUGGUUUGGCGCUGUUACGCGCGAUUCGAAUUAGCAGAAGGGGGACAGAGAAAACGGAAGCGGAGUGACGCCCGUCGCAUGGCCAUGGCCCGUCCGCGCGCGCACGGAGCGAGGACCGCGCGCGAGCACCGCCACUCGGCCGCUCAGCUGCUCGCCUGCUGCGCUGCGGUCCUUGUGCUGACAUCGCGAACGGCGCUGGGAGAGAAGAACCAUGAGCGGGAGAUCAGUGACAGAAACUGGGAGGAGAUCCUGCAGGGGGAAUGGAUGAUAGAGUUUUUUGCCCCGUGGUGUCCGGCUUGCCAAGAGCUUCAGCCGAUCUGGGCCGAGUUUGCGGAGUGGGGAGAGGAUAUGGAGGUCAACAUCACAAAAGUGGAUGUGACCAAAGAGCCAGGUUUGAGUGGACGUUUUUUCAUCGUCUCACUUCCCACAAUCUACCACUGUAAGGAUGGAGUGUUCCGGCUGUAUGAAGGACCUCGGACCAAAGAAGACUUCCUGAGCUUCAUCGAUGAGAAGAAGUGGCAAGACCUGGAACCCAUAUCCUCCUGGCUUGGGCCCUCCUCCUUCCUGAUGAACAUAAUAUCCGGGUUCUACAGACUGUCCAUGUUCACAAGGAACUGGCACAGCUAUCUUACAGAGCACCUGGGCAUGCCGGUGUGGGGCUCCUAUGUUGUCUUCACCUUGGCGGUCCUCUUCUCCGGCCUGGUCCUUGGACUGAUCGUGGUGUUCAUCACAGACUGUGUCUUCCCAUCCCGAUGGUCCUACCCUCCAGAUGCCUACUAUCAGCAAAAUAGGGCUCGGAGAGGUGAUCAUCAACUGAAGAUGCUGGAAGACACGGGGAAGCAAGCGCAGCAUGAGGAAGAUUACGAGGGGAAUGAGACUGAGGAAGAAGACGACAGAGGUCUGCCAGAGCUCACGGGAGAAGCCACACCUGGAGCACUGCGCAAAAGGGUCCUGUGCACUGGGAAGGAAGAGGAUGGAGACACCUAGAGGCUCGGAGGACUGAUUGCAGAUGGCUCAGGACAGCUUUGGAGGGGAGAGGGUCUUGAGUGUGAGUGGUGGAGUCAUUUUGUGCCUAGCGGAGACCACCCUGCAUGAAACGCAGGUUCUUCCUGGAAGAGGUCCACCCUCCCUGGAGGCCAUCAGCUUUUCCAAACUAAAACCGCAGUGUUUAGUUUAGUGGAAAUGUAUUUUUCAGUAUUCCUUUAUAGGUUUCCUUCCUUUUUUCCUUCUAAGUUAGUGUUUAUUUGCAGAGUGCACACAGCUGGCCUGCCACUUGCCCCCCCCCCCGCUCUUGCCUCAUGCAGGCUGGUCUCCUCACACCUGCAUCUGCAGCCCACACUUCCUGUUGAGACGAAUUUUGUGAGCACUUCAGACAACUGUAGUGGCGUUUCUGUCAACCUCCGUCUUGCCUGUCUGAUCUCGCAGUGUGACAGGUGAACCAUGCAGCUUCAACGCCCCCUUGCAUAUCUUAAGCGAAAACAGCUGUUCAGAAACCCACUUUCUUAGUUUGCCAAGCAAAUUGUGACACCAAAUAUCUGUAUUAUUACUGACCUUUUUUAACUGGUAGCUUUGUUCAAGAUGACUUACAGUGUUAGGUAGACACCUUUGCAGUGAUUUAUUCAUUUACGGUAUAUAGCAAGGUAUUAUUACUGUGCCAGUUCAGGGUAGGUACCUUGAACAAGGGCACUACAGCAGAAAUUUGAGCCGGGAACCUUCCGAAUACAAAGUGACGGCUCUUGCCAGCAGAUUGCCCAUAGCCCCGUCAGCUUUUUAUUGUUAAAUCCUCUAAUCUUUUGUACUCAGUCACAUGUGUUAUGCGGAAAAUGUUUCUGAUUCUGUGCCUGCUGCUGUUUUUCUUGGCUUUAGAUCUUACUUUUGUGUCUGGAGCAGUUUUUUAAAAAAUAUGUUCUCGUUUUUCCCCCACGCUGCAGAAGAGCGAUCAAUGCUCCGUAGUACCAGUGCGGAAUGGUACACGAAGCUGUUCGCAUUCAGCCGCGGUGAAAUCCUUAGAUAACGUAAAAAAUACAGCUACAUCAAAUGAGGAUUUUUAACGCUGUGCUGAAAAGACAAAACAAUAAAACUGCAGAAUUUGUUUCAAGUUUAGGUAUUUUAUAUGGAAAUUUAAGACUUGUUUUUAUUUUCCAUGGAAUGCUUUUCUAAAAAUCCGGUUUAUAAAAUGUUUGUGGAAAUCAGGUUAGAACUCUGGAAAGUGUAUCACUGUCAAAUAAAAUGAAA